UGAGAAGAGCAGGCUAUGCCCUAGGUGAAAAUUCCACAGAAUUCCUGAAGUCGCCAUCAAACUUACAGUCUCCUAGCAGUGAACAUAAUUCUCUGUGCGUUAAAAAUUGUGAGAAAGAGAAGGUGGCCAAUGGAUCUGCAUCACUUCCAAUCUCGGAUGCAAAUCAUCAUCAGCACAACUACAAGAUGAUCACAGAGGAUAAUGGCCAUUCUAAGGGAGUCAAGUCCUAUCCUGUUGAUAUGGAGAUUGCCAAUAACCACCAUGUGCAUCACCAUGAGCAUACUGUUCACUUCGAGAAGGGCCAAUCAACAAUCGGGACGGUGGCCUGGAUGAUCAUCUUUGGAGACGGACUGCACAACUUCAUUGAUGGCCUGUCCAUCGGUGCUGCUUUCUCAGAGAGCAUACUUGCCGGCGUCAGUAUCUCUGUUGCAGUGAUUUGUGAAGAGUUCCCUCAUGAAUUAGGUGAUUUUGCAGUUCUGUUGAGUGCUGGAAUGAGCAUGCGACAAGCUCUCCUCUACAACUUCCUAUCUGCCAUCACCUGCUACUUGGGGUUGGUCGUGGGGAUCCUUCUCGGGGAUCUGGCUGAGGGAGCACCUUACAUCUUUGCACUGGCUGCAGGGAUGUUUCUUUAUAUUUCUCUUGUCGACAUGAUGGGAGAACUCAACGAAGCCCUGGAAGAAGCUCGGAAGAACGGAAUUCGAGCGCAGCUGAAAGUGUUCUUUAUUCAGAACGUAGGCAUAGCCCUGGGUGUGGCCAUCCUCUUCGUCAUGGCUCGCUAUGCGGAGCACUUCAACUUCGAGAAUCUCAGUACUUUCAUGUCCUCCAGCUCCGAGGAGGCCUUGGACGACAGAGUGCAGCAGUUGUACUCUGGAUUACAAGAAGCCAAACUUCUUCAUGGUUCGAUAGAGUAGACUGUGACAGAUUAUCCCGGUGAUUGUGUUGGAGAUGCUUUGAAUAGUUUUAGAAAUGUGUGCCAGAUUAACAAAUGGUUGCAUAGUGUGGUUGUUGUCCAGUUGAUGAAGUGUAUGCAUAAUUGGCAAGAAACCGGUGAAGCGCAGUGGCGUAGCUAGACCCGACU